CUGUCUCUAUAUAAACUUUUGCUGAUUACUGGAAAAAAUUGAAAAUCUUUCUAGGGUUGGGAGAAACUGAGAGUAGAGAGAUGGCAUUGCCCAAGGCCAAGGAAAUGGUUCAAUCGAAUUCCGUCGUCGUUUUCAGCAAGACGUAUUGCCCCUUCUGCGUCACCGUGAAAAAGCUUUUGGACGAUGUGGGAGCCACUUACAAAACCAUUGAAUUGGACACUGAAAGUGAUGGAAGUGAAAUACAAGCAGCACUGGCUGAGUGGACUGGACAGAGGACAGUGCCAAAUGUAUUCAUUGGCGGAAAACACAUUGGUGGCUGCGAUGCAACAACUGGUAUUCACAAGGAAGGGAAGCUGCUUCCACUUCUAACAGAAUCUGGAGCUAUUGCAUCUAAAUCUUAAAAGGAAUGGAAUGCAGUUAAUUUUGUUAUAAAUUCUAGUAAUGAAUAAUGGUGUUGGCGAAUGGUAAGUAUUUACUAAUACUACAUGUAUCAUAAACGUUUGAUCCUUGCAAUGUAUGCACCAACCUUAGAAUUCCAGGGAAGUUCGCCAUA